UUCUGAUGAACCUUGUGAAAUUCACGUCGGCUUCAUGAGCCAGUUUCUAAAAAACACGGAAUUGCAGGCUUAUGGCGUCGCAAAACUCUUUUGGAGGCAGCCCUUUGUUAAGUGCAGCUUUUUGAAUCUUAAGACCGUGUUCGUCCGUUCCAGUGACGAAAGAGACCGGUCUCAAUGGAUUUUUGAGAGCAUGAUACCGCGCAAAGAUGUCUGCUGUGACUAGAGAGUACAGAUGGCCAAUAUGCGGAACUAUAAGAUACUAAAAUAUCGGGGUCGUGAUGUACCAUGGUUUGAUAAUGGUGCUGGCCCAACGACAAGGAGUACAGGCUUUUAGAAGCACAGAAUGGCGUAACAUCUGUGUUUCAGCUCUUAUAACGACAUUGAAGAUAUAUCAGAACAGACCGGAGCGGGACAGCGAACGAUAUCUUGCUUUGACAUCAAACAAAGCUAAACAUCCGUCUCUUUCAGUUUCUUUCCUUUUGAACGCGAUGAGCGCCACCAAAUACGCGAAUUUACCAGACAUUGACACUGCCCAAGAUAUAUAUGAAACUGAAGAUAUCUUUCCGUCCCAAGUUCAUGGAGAGUCCAGCGAUGAUGAUACCCUGCAUACUCGAUUGGCAAUAAGAAGUAGAGCAGGCGAAACUUCGAACAGUCAAGAACUAGAUGCCAGCCACCUAAUAGACGCUGAAGAGGCAAGCAAAAAGUUCCGAAAGGCUGAAAAGAAGAGAGCACGACAUCGAACUCGAUAUGCAUACCCUCCAUCGUCUACCCAAUCUGAUUCCUCGUCGGCCGAUGAAGAGACUUCUCGGCCAAUACCACUAUCUAGACGUUUGAAGGGCUUGCAAGCUGAGCUCUCCUCACUCGAAGCUGAGCUCGCCGAUCCAUCUAGCCCCUUGUUUUUGAACGACGAAGUCAACGAUGCAAAUCCAGGGGAAUUGUUACGUGGACUAGUCGAUGUACGAGGUAGGCUAAAUCAAAUCAGCCGAAGUACGGAGGGUCGUGGUAAGUUAGUGAAAUCCAUCCUAAGCCAACAACAGUUAGGUAGUAUAAGGCUUUCCAAGGGAGAAGAACCGACUCCAAUUGAGAACGAGAUGAACGAGACGCGGGUGGCAGGUGACAUUCACAACCUCCUUGAAAUGGAUAGACGGGUAGCUGAAUUGGAGAGGCUGCUUGGAACUUCGACAACUGCUGUGGAUGAGACUUCGCCGUUGCCAUUGCCGCUACUGACUCAGAUAACAAGGAUACACUAUCAACUACAAGCUUUGACGACCCCGCGACACAUUGAUAACAUCUCCCGACGACUGAAAUUGCUCAUGACAGACCUUGACCGUGUCUCUAACGCGCACACCCACAAACGGCAUCCAUCUCAACCAAAUACGGAUCCUAGCGCUAAUGCUAAGAUAACCAACGAUAUUUUACCUAUACUUCACCGUUUGAACCCAGCAUUACCCCAAAUACCCCAUAUUCUAACUAGGUUGCGCACACUGUCGACAUUACAUACAUCAGCAGGGGAAUUUGGAAAAGACCUGGAGAGCCUUGAGGACGAACAGGCUCAAAUAAAAGAGUCGCUGGAAGAAUUGGAGAGUGCUGUGGAAACAGUGGAGAAAAGUCUUGAGGAAAAUAGGAAGAUUGUGGGUGGAAACGUCGAGGGUCUGGAAAGACGAGUUGACGAUUUGUCGAGACGUUUAGACGAACUUGAAAGAAUCGGAUGAUGCGAACACAGUAUUACGUCGAAUCUCGAUAUUUUUCCGUGUAGGCCAUACUACAUAAGCCAUACAGUACCUGGGCCACACUAUGCAUUAUCAAGUUAGUUUUACAUAGGUGUAAUCGUGAAUGCGUGAUUCCCAACCGUGACACCAACUUAUACUAAUUGCACUUCUUGAAUUUGGAGGGCGGAAGGUACUUACAAGUCAGAGGGAUUUUCUGAGACUAUGCUUCCCCAAUCAAAGCUCGAAAUCGUAAGAGAUGACAAAUGAAAGACGAAAAGAAAAUAAGACUUUUACCUUUGCAGAAA